GCAGACAAUAUGCCGCCAACGCCCAAUUUACCCUCGUUUUCGGAUAAAAGAAGUCUGUUAGGUGAUAGAAGUGGCGAGAGAGUCGUUAUAUCUGGGAUGUCGGGUCUAUAUCCAGAGUCUCACAACGUGAAAGAUUUGGCCAAUAUUCUCUAUAAUAAGAUCAACCCAAUCAACAAUGAAAACGUCCGUUGGAAGUAUGAACAUCCCGAGGUAGCGCAGUACACCGGCAAAAUUCCAGGACUAAAACAUUUCGAUGCGCAGUUUUUCAAAGUCCAUUACCGUCUUAGCAAUAACAUGGACGCUAUGGGUCGCAAGUUGCUGGAACAGUCAUAUCAGGCGAUUUACGACGCAGGUAUAUGCCCGGAAGAACUUUCUGGGAAAAAAAUUGGAGUCUACGUUGGCAGUUGUAUUUCUGAAAGUGAGAAGGGUAUUUUUUAUGCUGCAAAUACAAGGACAGGUUUUGGUAUCUCAGGAGGCAGUAAAUCGAUGUUUGCAAACCGCAUAUCUUACUGGUUAAACGCCAAAGGUCCUUCUAUGAGCAUAGACGAGGGCUGCUGCAGCUCCACCGAAGCCUUGAACCAAGCUUACCUAGCCAUCAAACACGGCGAGUGUGAAGCUGCCAUCGUCGGAGGGAGUAACCUUUGUUUGCAUCCUCAAUCUACUAUCCACUAUGGAAGAAUCAUAAACUUGAGUAUGGAUGGUAAAACUAAAUCGUUUGACACCGAAGCAGAUGGGUGUGCUAAGUCAGAAGCAAUUAACGUCCUUUUUCUUCAAAAAGCUGAAGAUGCUUUAAGAAUUUACGCUGAAGUGCUUCAUGUAAAAUGUUUAUAUUUAUCAAAUUUGGAACACGAAACAAAAGGUCAUAGAUAUGGUUUCUAUAGGGAUCCUGACAACAUGGCCAACUUUAUAAGCACUUUCUAUGAAGAAGCCAAUGUAUCACCACAAGCUAUUGAAUACGUCGAAGCUUGCGGUUCUGCUACACCGGAGGUAGACAAAGCAGAACUUGAAGCCAUCGAAAAAGCAUAUUGUACUCAUAAUAACCGAAGGCAACCACUUUUGGUAGGCAGUGUUAUGUCAAAUAUAGGUUAUUGUGAAGCUGCAUCGGGGAUAUCUGCUAUUACAAAGGUUCUUUUAGGAUACCACUCUGGAAAGCUAGCAGGAAAUUUAAAUUGUGACUCACCACGAAACGAUGUAGCAGCUUUGCGAGAUGGUCGUAUGCGUAUUUUAACUGAUCAUCAUAGUUUUGACCGUUCUUACACAGCUAUAAAUAGCAUCUCACUUACUGGGGUUAAUGCACAUGUUCUUUUAUAUGGUCAUUAUAAAGCCAAGGACGCUCGGCGUUACAAGACAAAUAUUCCCUAUUUAGUAUUGGUAUCUGGCAGACAGGAAACUUCCGUGAACAAAAUACUUCUGGAUCUAAAAUCUCGCCCGGUUGAUCCCGAGGAAAUAGCUCUACUGCACAAUAUUCAUAAAACAAGAAUUUCUGGACAUUUAGGAAGAGGAUUUAUACUUCUUGACAAAAGUCAAAAGGAUGAAACCAUUUGUGUGCAUGAAAAGUCAAAUUACUUCGACGACAGCAAGCGGCCGCUGUGGUUCGUAUACAGCGGCAUGGGCUCCCAGUGGGCCGGCAUGGGGGCACAGCUUAUGAGAAUUCCGCUAUUUGCAGCUGCUAUUGAAAAGUGUCGAUGUGUCUUGGAACCUAAAGGACUGGACAUUGUGCACAUAAUUACAUCUCCAGAUAAAACCAUAUUUGACAAUAUUCUUAAUUCUUUCGUUGGAAUUGCUGCAAUACAAAUUGGUCUUACAGAUAUAUUACAGGCUUUGGAAAUUAGUCCAGACAAAAUGAUUGGUCACAGUGUGGGUGAACUAGGUUGUGCGUAUGCAGACGGUUGUUUUACAGCCGAGGAAAUGAUAUUGUCUGCAUACAGCCGCGGUCUAGUCUCUGUGCAGACUCCGUUCAUUCGUGGAUCAAUGGCAGCCGUUGGACUUGGUUUCGAACGGAUGUCUAAAAUGGUUCCACCUGAGAUUGAAAUAGCUUGCCACAACGGCCCCGACUCCAGCACAAUUUCCGGUCCCGCCGAUAUCAUGAAAGAAUUCGUGGCUCAACUUACAGCGAAGGGAAUAUUUGCGAAGGAAGUGCCAUGCUCAAACAUUGCAUAUCACUCGCGAUACAUCGCUGAGGCAGGUCCAGGUCUGCUCAAAUAUUUGGGUGAAGUGAUCACGUCCCCAAAAGUUCGCAGUAGCCGCUGGGUUUCAACUUCAGUGCCACAAGAGAAAUGGAAUGACCCCAUUGCAAAAUAUUCAUCGGCUGAGUAUCACACGAAUAACCUACUAAAUUCAGUCCUUUUUGAGGAAACAUCGAGGCUUAUCCCAUCAAAUGCAGUAGUGGUAGAGAUUGCUCCUCAUAGCCUUUUGCAUGCUAUACUAAAGCGUUCUCUGCCUGAAUCCUGCCAGCACGUUUCACUUACAAGACGCGGUCAUCCUAAUAACGCAGUUUUCUUGCUGGAAGCUCUCGGAGAUCUCUUCAUGUUGGGAUAUAAUCCGAAAGUGCAAGCCUUAUACCCGAAAGUAGAGUUUCCAGUUUCUACUACAACGCCAAUGUUGUCACAUUUAGUGGAAUGGGCGCAUCACGAACCAUGGAUUGUGCCAUUAAUUGUAUCAGAAAAAAACAAAGCUGCAUCUUCAUGUAAUCAUAUUAUAUCAAUGCAUGACGACGAUCACAAUUACUUAAGAGGUCAUGUUGUAAAAGGAAAAACCUCGUAUCCAUUCGCUGCCGCACUAGUAAUAGUUUGGGAUACAUUAGCUAUGGUGUUGGGAGUUCCAAAAAAACAGCUCUCAGUUAAGUUUCGUGAUGUUCACCUUUACUUACAACCUGUGCUUCAGGACCGUGAACAAUUGCGACUAUAUGUAACUAUACAAAGAGGCAGAGGCUAUUUUGAGGUUAUGAAUAACAACAUCAAGAUCGCAACUGGCUUUAUUAUUAGUGAAAUGAAUAAUUUAAUGAGUGUGGAAGAUGAAUUGAAAUUAGUUGAAGACUUGGAGCUAAAAUCGGAAGAAAUUUACGAAUUAUUGUACGCUAGAGACUAUAACUACAUGGACGAGUUCCGUAGUAUUCAUAAUGCUAACAUGUCACUAACAGAAGCUCACCUACUGUGGCAAAACAAUUGGGUGACGCUUAUUGAUGGUAUGAUCCAACUCAAUGCACUUAGGCGUCAUCAAGAUAGUGUAUCGCAGCCAAAUUUUAUAAGAAAAAUCGUCAUUGAUGUUAAAAAUCAUUUAAGAGCUGUAGACGGUGGAAAUGUUAUACCUGCUAAAGUUUGUGAUGUGAUGAAUACUACCAGAUGUGGAGGUGUCUUAAUUGAAAAUAUCAAAUUCCAUGACAUGGCAUCAUCAACUAAAGAACAGGUUGUUUUUAAAAAAAAUGUUUCAGACUUCUCUACCAAUAACAUCGAUGUUAUUCAGGGUGUUAAAUAUUUUAAACCAAUUCAAGAAACUAUAUCAAAAAGAAAUAAAAUGGCACUAGAAAUGACACGUUUAGGUGAUACUAACUUUACACAAUGGAUAGAAGUAGCAAAAUCAAAUCAUCAAGGGAUUUCAGUGACGGUGCAAUACGCAGGCUUAAGCGAUGCUUACAUAAAGAAAGUAUUUGGAGUGACUGCAAAAGAAAGCAUCGAUAAUAAGAAAAUGAUCGAAUAUGACUUCAGUGGUGUUACAAAUAGAAAAGAACGAGUGAUGGGUAUAGUCCAAGAUGAAUCUAUAAGUACACACAUCCAAGCAAAACCUGAACUGCUGUGGCCCGUACCUGAUCAUUGGACUUUAGAAGAAGCAGCUACUGUUCCUUUAGCCUACUGCCUGGCAUUCUACUGUCUUUGCAUCAAAGCUAGGUUCUACCGUGGCAUCAGCAUUCUCGUGCACGACGGAUCAGGAGCUUUAGGUCAAGCGAUCUUAUCUAUAGCCCUCGCACACGACUGUGACAUUUACACCACAGUGAGCAGUACCAAGAAAAAAAGGUUUUUGCUCAAAUUGUUUCCAGAACUUAAAGAGGAUCAUAUUGGCUGUUCUCGGGACGGCAGUUUUAAGGAUAUGGUUCUUAAUGGUACAAAGGGAGAAGGGUGUUACAUUGUUAUCAACUCUUUAAAAGGAAGCAUUAGAGACGCUUCGUUUGAAUGUUGUAAAUUAUUUGCAUUCGUCGUUGAUACUUCGCUUAUAGUGGACGAUGAGGAUUAUAUCUUUAGACUGCAUAGUGUAUCUAAAUCUACCACUUACAAUACAGUGCAAUUUUCUACAUUAUUUGAUAUUAGGAACGUAGAAGAAUUGAAAAGACUACAAUUGAUGGUGAGCGAAGGAAUCGCUCGCGGCUACGUACGUCCGCUCUCUCGGGUGGUGUACGCGGCGGAAGAUGCCUCACGAGCUCUGCGGCUGCAAGCGAGCGGCAGACAUGUUGGCUGUGUGCUACUACAUUUAGAAGAAGAUAUCUCCUGCACUCAGAAUAGGUCCUGGGAAAAUCAAGGAGUCCAAUUAGCAAUUUCUUAUGGAAACUUGUGGAAUGAAGAUGUUUUUAAUUUACUAAACAGCGAGAAAAUCGAAAAUGUUGAAGGAAUAUAUUGUAUUGUAAAUUCUGAUUUAGAAAUUGAAAACAUAAAUAAACGCUUGGAACAACUGACUCAAGCCAUACAAAGAUUGAAUUGGCCCAUAAAGUAUUUCGCAGUAAUUGAUACCAAAGAUUGUACUAGUAGCAAUUUAAUAAAACUAACAGAACCACACAAUGUAUUCAUAACAAUCAAUUUGCCAUCUUUAAAAAUCGUAAGAUAUUUUUUAUUCCUGGUUACUUGUUUGAAUGCUACUUGUAGGAGAGUUUUUUUAUUUAAGUAUUUUACCUCCUUAUUACAGGUUGCAAACAAUAAAUAUUUUCCGGUCAGUCAUGCUAUUGAUGCUAUAGAAAAGGCUAUAUGUAACAAACAACCUCUCAUAGCUGCACAUCGUACACAGAAUUCUCUUGGAAAUUUAUUAGAAGAGUUGGCUAAUUUAGCUGAUUUCACAUUUGUUGAUGGACCGUUAUCAUUGCAAGAUGCAACACUUGAAGAACUGGGUAUGGAUCCAUCAAAAUCUGAAAUUGUAAGAGCUUAUUUGCGGGAUCUUCACAAUGUCUCACUAGACGAAAGUGAUAUACCAUCGUUAUCAAUUAAAAAGAUAUGGGAGUUAGCAGGUAAUGAAGAAAACGAAAUGUUUACUGAAACUGAAGAUUUAAAAACAUUCCUUACCCACAUAGAUCCAGAUGAACUCCUUGCUACAGCAGAAAUAGUACUUUUACCAACACUUACCACAAGUUCUACGACAACUGAUGAAUUUGACGUAAACGAAACAUAUCUGUGCGUAGUACCAGGAGUAGAAGGGCUACACGUGCGAUUCCGUGAACUAUGCGAGCGGAUCAAGGUACCUGCACUAGUGCUGCAGCCAGGCGUUGAUAAGCCGCAGGAGACUAUACAAGAAAUAGCACAGAGAUAUGCUAAGAUUCUUCUGAAAAAGACCCAAUUAAAAAAGCGCUUUUAUCUUCUGGGAUAUGAAAGUGGAGUUUUAGUUGCCUUAGAAAUGGCAGCGAUUCUCGAAGAUAGUGGGUUAAAUGGCACGAUCUUUUGCAUCGGUGGUACACCGCAAGAAGUUCUCGAAAAGUUUGAAGAAAAAUUAUCAAAAUUCGAAACAGAAGAAUCGUUGCAGUCAGCAGUAGCUAGCCACAUGUUUAAGUUAUUGGUCAAUGGGGAUAGCCCCGAGAACCUGGAUAUUGAUCUGAAAAGCAUUCCUACUUGGAAAGAGAAAGUAUCGUUCUGCGUGCAGAUGCUGUUGGGGCGAAUUGAUCAUUCUAUUCAGUAUGCAAAAGAAAUCAUUGAAGCCGUAUAUGAAAGAAUAGUACAAGUGAGACGCUAUCAGUCACAGCCACGUCCACUUCGCUCCCUCCUCGUUACAAUUCGGCCCUGGACAUCUACGACGAAUAACGUUAAGUUUCAUUCUUUGCAAAGUCAUUCGCAGCAAAAAGUCGUAGAGUACCAGUUGCAAGUUCCUCUGGCGUAUGCCGCACAAGACAUGCGCUGUGCUGCCAUUGUGAACCGUCAUUUAGACAAAGAUAUUCUUGAGGGAUUCGAUAAGAAAAAUUUAUGCGAAACUUACCAAACAAAAGCUGAUUCAUUUGUAUUCAUUGAAUCAAUGUUGGUUUGAUUCACAGAUUGCAUUAUUAAUCAUGUGUUAUUUACUUUUUGUAAUAAAAUAUUAAAAACAUUUUAUG